AUGCUCAGCCUGAUCAAAUUACCACGAGUCUUCACCAUCAACCAAGUGCCCAAAGUCUUCCACGAGGACAGCAUCAUGUCAGGCUACCGGCACCCCUGCAGCUCGGCCACCGACUGCAUCCUCAGCCUCUUCCAGCUGACCAACGAGACGCUCAAUAUCUGGACCCACUUCUUGCCAACCUGGUACUUCCUAUGGAAGCUGCUGACAGUGGUGCUGAUGCAGGCAGCAUGGCAGGACUCCUUCACCUGGCCUCUGGUGGUCUUCCUUCUUUCCUGCUGCGUAUAUCCACUGGCAUCUAGCUGUGCCCACACCUUCAGCAUCAUGUCGGUCCGAGCACGACACAUCUGCUUUUUCUUCGACUACGGUGCCCUCAGUUUCUACAGCUUAGGGUCAGCGAUUACCUACUCUGCUUAUGUUUUCCCUGACAAGUGGGUGAACAGCAUCUUUCACCAGUGCUACAUCCCUAUGGCUGUUCUCAACACUGUUAUCUGCACCACGCUGGCCUGCUACUCAAGAUUCCCAGAGUGCCAGAGUCCAAGAUUUGGAAAAGUGCUCCGCAUUUUUGCCUUUGCCUUCCCCUACCUGUUUGACAACAUUCCUCUCUUUUAUAGGGUCUUUCUGUGUGUGGGUGAGGGCUGCACAGACAACGAUACCAGUGUCCUCCACUAUCACCACAUCAACCUCGCCUUCCUCACAGGCUUUCUAUUUGCCACCCAUUUACCCGAGCGCCUCGCUCCUGGCAGCUUUGACUACAUAGGUCACAGCCAUCAGUUGUUCCAUGUCUGCGGCAUCUUGGGCACUCACUUCCAGAUGAAUGCCAUUGAACAAGACAUGGUGACGCGACGCCAGUGGCUCCUCACACAUUCAUUACCAAUCACAAUGGCCAACACACUGGGGGCAGGACUCCUGUGUGUGGUGUUGAAUUUGGGUAUCAUUGUCCUCUUUAGUCUGCCACUUCUCUCAUCCCCAGUCAGCCGAGAAAGAAAAGCCACUAAGGCCUCUGCCUGCAAUUAAUUUUUUCAUCUCCCAAUACAAAAUGACUAAUCACAAAAAGGCAUGAGGAAGGACCACUCAAAUCUAAUUCGCAGGUGAGGUAGAGGUGUUUGUCUACACCCUAAAAUAAUAAUCCACACUAUUUGACCUCUGUAGAAAACAUGUUUCUUCUGAAAAGGGUAUUGACACCCUGAUUCUGUGCUAAAUCAGUCUAUAAAAGAAACAUAACAGGUAUUAUACUGUUUGGUUUUCGACUUGAAUCACCUAUGUGACCCAUAAGCUACCUUUAAUUGUAGUUGGGAUAUCUCAACAAAAAGGCAUAAGUUGAAGGAACUGCGAUGAAGAUUUUAAGGAUUUAAGGACAUACUUGUUGCUGCUAAAGAGUGAUAAAUCUAAAUGUUUCUGAGGAAACUGCCUAUAAAAAGCUACAGAGAUAGCAGGUUAUGUACAUGAUGAUACAGUGUUGUGUGUAUUUAUAAGUGGACAUUUUUGGCCCCUGUUUUUCUGAUUUCCUUGCCACUUGUGGAGUAUGAAGAAACAUUGAGGCCUUUGAGAUACAGGAUGCAGUUCCCUUCAUAUCAUUGUUUAUUAUUUUUGCCAUGAAAAUAACAGGGAAUAAUCAAAACAAAGGAUCUUCUACCAAUCUAUCUACCUAUCUACUAUUUUUUUUUCUUUUGGCUGCUAGCUUGCUUGAUGGUCACAGUUAAGAGUUAAUGGUUAUGUUACAGCCAGUCCAGACCAAAAGACAGUGCUUCCAGUAUCGAUUAUGGUCUUUCUCCCAUCACACCCAUCACACAAACUGUUUGGCUGUAGUGAGCUUCAAGCGAAAAGCUCAGUUCUUCCCAGAUGCAUGGUAUGUGUUUAAAGCUCACUUUUAGCUUUCCUAGUUUGGACUGGAUGAAGCCAACAGAUGCUCUGUUGGCAGCUCUUCGAAACAAUGUCUCUUAGCUUUUAACAGUUGGUAAACCCAAGUCAGUGCACUGAUAAUCAUAUUUGACAGGGGCAAUAAUUACUGAUAAGAGAUAUCCCAUGGAAUAAACACUCUUAUCAGUUUAAUAAUGAAUAUCAUAUAAUACAAAUGAUUCACUUUUAUCCCAUUUUAUCCUAUAUGACGUUACCACUUGUGCCUCUCUUGAACAUUUUAGAGUAUUCAAGAACAAUGUUGUUUA